UCGCAGCUUCCAUGCAGCUUCCAUGGGUCUCCUCGUUCUACGCUUCGUUCUACUUCUACGUCUUCCUGUUCGUUGCCGAUGCUGUGGCCUCUAAAGUGCCGGUGACGGAGGAGGAGACCGCAGGCUUGCUGCAGCUCCAACCUGUCGAACCACUUGAAGCACUCGAAGCGCCAGUGGCUCAAACUUUUUACGGGCCAGCUGCAGCACCGGGCCAAUUUUGGUAUCCACCAUUUUUGCCGCCUCAAACCCAGUUUGCUCAGUUGUCUCCUUCUUGGGAAAACAGGAGAGGAGAUAGAGAAACCUGGACUGCGGGGCCUUAUGGACAGUCAGAAAUGAAGCUUCACAGAUUUGCAGGUGGAGGAGAUUUGAGUCACGGAGACCAUCCACUCACAGGUCCCUUGUUGACUCGCCCCGCACCGGUGCCAGCGCCGGCCAUGGUUCCAGCCAUGGUUCCAGCUGUUCCAGCGGUUCCAGCUGUUCCAGACAGCCCUAGCAGCCCUACCAUUGCCACGGCUCCCGCCGUUCCCGUCGCCGCUCCUGCCGUUCCGUCGGUUCUGAGCAGCGGCCUGCGCACCGAGCGCCAGGAACGCUUCGCCGGCGGCGGAAGCACCGGCACCGCGGGCACCACCAGCACCGCUGCUGGAAGCGCUGCUGGAAGCGCUGCUGGAGCGGCUACCGCACGGGUGGAUCCCAGAGAAGUCUUUGCCAAUGGCGCUGCACGCUUCGCAGGGGGUGGGGCAGAUGGUGGACUACAUGGAUUACAUACACUCUCUCCGAAUGGCUUCGCCGGUGGAUCAAGCAGAGGUGCUAGUGAUGGUAGUGGCUCUCUGGGCGUAUUUCCAGGUGCGCUGCCAGGUGAGUCCGGCGGAUCGGUUCCAAUGUUUGGAGCUGGUUCCGCACUUCCGGGGUCUCGAAAGACUUGGGAGCCCCUUCCACCGAAGACUCUCUGGAGCGAUCCGUUGCAAGGCACGUGGAGGGACCAACACGUCUUCGCCAGUGGUAUGGAGACCAAGCCCAAAGCUGAAAACACGGCUGGAAACACGGCUGGCAACACUCCGAGUGGCAAAACGCCUGAUGAUGAUGAGACCUAUUCAGUGGAUUGCGGAACCACAGUUUUCCAACCAAAAGAUUGGCAUUUCACCUUCCGACCACCCAACACUGGCGAUUUCAACAUUCCCAUUGCGGUACACCAGAGCCCUCACCAAAAAAGUUAUCAGAUCGCCCGUAUGGAAGUCUCUGUGAAUGCGGACCUGGACAACUGGCAGCCUUUUCAGUUGCGUUUGAUCGCCCCAUCGCGCACCUCGAUUCUGCUGAAGGAGUCGGGCACCUCGGAGUGCGCGGAUCUCCGUUGCGAGUUUACGGAGCUCAACUCGUGCCACAGCUGCACCCGGCCCAAGGAACAGCUGUCGGCCUUCGUCGGGGAGUCCGCGUUGGGCACGUGGAUGGUGGCCUUCGAAGACAAGGAAGGCCGCAAGCGAACUGGUUUGAUGGCCUGGGCCGCGCUCAAAAUCACUUGGAGCUGCGAACCACCCAUCGCAUCGUGAAAAUAUGAAAAAUGCAUCAGAUAUGUCAGAUAUGUCAACAUGUGACAAAAAUGUAUAUAUGUGACAAAAAUGUGAUAAGAAGUCAAUUAGAAGUCAAUAGAAGUCACGUCACCAGGACGUCACAGCUUUGUCCAACUUUGUCGUCGAUCCUUCGACUUUCGUGACCUGUAGACACAUCCUGUUGGGUCAGACUGUCAGAUUGUCAGAUUGGGUCACGUUGAGCGAUUUCUGUGGCACUAUGUGGCGCUUGGGAAGUGACUAUGACUAUGCAAGUGGCUAUGGAAGCAUCACCAUUUUGCAGUGGCCAGUGAAGGGUCACGAAUUUGGUGGUGCACAGUGAGAGGAAGCUGUAGGAACUUUGUAGAAACUCUUUGUAGGAAGCUUGUAGAUUCGUGUGCUGAGAUGUUAUGCGUCAUCAGAUUUGUACAAUUUUGUACAUCCACUUACUUUUCAGUUGUUUCUGUUGGAAUCAGUGAUGAGACUUUGCUAUAAAUCGAGAUUUGAGAGAAUGCGUGGAGAGAUGCAUAAGUGUAGGCUUCAAGCAUCCCUCAUGUUUUGAGAGAAUAGGGCGGUAAAACCAAACCGUCAGCUGUUAGGCCUUAAUCAGCUAGGUCUUAAUUCAUUGCAGAUCUCGUUCGAAUGACCGAGAACCCCCUCUACUAUCACAUAGCAUCCACGUUUCCUGGGAAGGCCGCCAAGUUCAGAAACU